UUUAAGACGGGUAACUUCCCUAGGCUAUUGCUGCAAGAAACAUGGCGGCAUGGUUGGGGUCGUCCUUAGUAUCCACGUUAAAGCAGCGACUUAGCUUUACGAGCUGUCGAAUUAUCCACAGUGAAGCUUUAAGCAGUGUGAAGAAUGAGUCCGUAUAUCCGGCUGUUGUACCUUCAUGGACGGCGAAAAGCAAAUCAGCUAAGAGACGGAGGUUAGAUGAGUACUUUAACAAAAUACGGUCGUCUGAAGUGAAUGAUAAACUUAGAUUGCUUACGAAAAAUCAGAGAAAGAAGUAUGUGGUGCACCCACAGACAUUCGCGAUAAAUGCGGACAGAUGGUAUCAGCAUCUCACCAAGACUGUGCACCUCCCCGGUCUUCCCGAGAAAUUCACUGCUGCUGCUGCUGCUACUGCUGCAGGGGCGACGGGACAAAAUACCAUCAUAGCCCCAUCAGUCAUCGACGAUCAGACGUUUUCCGAAGUCCGGUCGUUAGUUUGCCAUACGAUUUUACAGGAGAAUUUUUAUUUGAAGAAACGAAAGCCUUUCCUGGGUAGAUCGCAAGAGCAUUUCGUCGCACCCUUCCUGUCAAAUCUGGUGUCAAACAUCACCAGGAUUUUAGCAAAAGAAAACCCGAUCCUUUUGGAGUCAAGUCUAGACUUCGCCCCAGAUGUUAAUUUCUAUUGGUUGAAAGGAGAGAGGAUCAUUCCAAGGGGACACCGGAGUGGCCGUGUUGAGCCAAUCAGGUUUCAGAUUGAUGAUAAGCCACACUGUCAAAUAAGGAUACCCAGACAGCUGCCUGAGUUCAUACCCUUGGAAGCGAACGUUGCUGCAGAGGUUCCUGUGAUUGGCUAUGCCCCAGACCUGAUGCCCAUGUUCAGGAAGCAGUAUGACAACAACAUUUUCAUUGGGUCAAUGGUGGGAGACUCCUGCCGUUACGGCCAUACGCAGUUCCAUCUGGUUCAAGACCGGUAUCACAGGGACCGGCUGAUCAAGGCAGGCCACGCUGAACGGAUUGAGGAGGGUUUGAGGGCCAACGCUAUAGCUAGUCUGUUUGCCUGGACAGGGGCGCAGGCUGUGUACCAGGGUUUCUGGUGCAUGGAGGACUUGACGCGGCCGUUCACGUCCCAGGCCGUGAUCACAGACGGGCGCCAUUUCUCCUUCUUCUGCUACCAGCUGAACACACUGGCGCUUACCGUGGAGACAGACGCCGGAAACCCCAGGAAAAACGUCAGCUGGGGCACAGACAGCAUGCCUCUGUACGAGGGCGUGAGCGGCGAUCAGGUGCUCGGCCUGGACGAUGGCGUCCUCAAGCUUCUCCUCCAGUUCUUGCUGAACAUCCCCCAGCCCACGUGAAGGACAGGACUUCCCGAGAUGUCACCGCCUGAACUGAGACGCCUCAAUAAAAUAGAAUUAUCUACAUUGA